AUGGAGGAUUCAGGGCAAAGAAAGAGACGGCUGGAAGAAAUGCGCAAGCAAGCUGAGCUGAGAAGCACAGGUGCCAUUGAAGCUUCUGGUUCUGGAACGUACUCUCCUCUCUCAAAUCCUCUGAUUGAGACUUCUUCAACUAUGCCAGCACAGGAUAAAUCCUAUGCUUCCCCAAGAUUUGACUUCUACACAGAUCCUAUGGCUGCUUUCUCUUCUAACAAGAAGAAGAGCAAUGUCCAGACAGCACCUGUUCAUUCCACCCCUCCAACUCUGUUAGUUCACCUACGGCUCAAUUUUCAUCACAUAUGCCUCCACCGCUAUGCUCAGAUGACUCACUCUUUCACUCAAGGAUCGCCAGUAGUCAACAGAAACCCAAUCUGGAAUGGGCCCAGAGGGUCCCCUCAAUAUUAUUUCCCGCCCCGAUAUCAAAGUCCUGGAUUUGAAAUAUCAGGCAAGCCUUUUUAUAAUCCUGGACCGCACAUAACUCAUCAAUCCAGGCACAGGCCCAAUCUUUCUCCAGGAUACAAUCAUAGUCCUGGUCUUAGUCCAGGAAGAGGCCGAGGUGGCUGGCACAACACUAGAAAUGAUGCUUCAGGGUGGGGUGGUGGACAGCGGCUGAGUUCUCGUGGUCGUUUCUCCAGUGAGGACAAGCCACAUGAUGUAGAUCGGUUCUACAAGAAGUCUAUGGUUGAGGAUCCGUGGCAGCUUUUGAAGCCUGUCAUAUGGAAUGUGACUGAUGCUAGCUCAAAUAGUAUAUGUACACCUGGGAGUUCAAAGUCCUGGGCUUCAAACUCAUCAAGUGCAAAUAAAGGAGGAUCUUCUGCUGCCCCAGUGAAGUCCAGUUCUCAACCAAGCCUUGCCGAGUACUUGGCUGCAGCAUUUAACGCAGCUGCUAACGGUACAGAAAAUGUAUAAUGGUUGGUAGCUUCGUGAAGAGCCUGACAUUAUACUGAUACUUAGAAUGUUAAGAAGUCACCGCGUUGAUGGUUGUCGAAGAGGCAGUUUACUGGAGCAAAUGUUCCACAUAUAAAAACACUAGUUUUUUUAGUUCGUUAACCUAACAAUUGUGCCUGGAUUUUUAAUAUAAAUGGUAGCGCUGUAGCUGUUGAAUGCUGCAGCUAUUGACUUGCCAAGGAGAUGCUAUGGCAAGGGAAGAGAAACGUUACUGUCUUGUGGGAAAUUUAGAAAAUGCUACAGGUGAUUCUAAAUUCAGAUGGUCCCAAGUUCCAAGAUCUUGUUUUGUUCGGCGGAAGACUCCACCAUAGGGGAUUGAGAACUUAGAAAGGAUGUGAUUCGCCUUGGAAGUGAAUGUGCCAGUGGCAAGAUAGGACUUCUCCCUUGUGGACAUGCACAUUGGUGUUUAGUGGUAUGGAGAGUAUGGGAAGUUGGGUAGUUGUGAUACGAUGUAUGGUUGUAAUAUUUUGUGGCCUGGAUAAUGUUUCUCUGAAACUGUAACAAGAGCCGUCCCUGUGGCUCUUCCUCUUCUUCUUCUUUUUGUAAACUAUAUGUUUAUUUUAUUUUUUUUAUUUUAAAAAAUAUUCUGUUUGGAAAAAAUGAUUUAAUUUAUAAUUGAA